AUGAAGUAGAUGAGAAAUUCAAGAUAAUGCUGACGAAGGUGACACCAAACGGUGUAUUGGGAGUUUUGACCACAACGAUUGUUAAUAUCAUAAACGACGAUAAGGCCUGUGGAGGACCUUGUGGAAUUAAUGCUUUCUGCGACAUGCCCUCACAGAGAUGCGUUUGUAACAAAGGAUACAUUAGGUGGCAAGGAGUAUGCGGCCGGCCAUGUGGAGGAAAAUGCUGUGCGUAUUCUUACUGCAGUCCAAGGGACAACAAAUGUCACUGUAACCCUGGCUACAUCGGAAAUCCAACAGAGAAAUGUUACAAACCCUGCAACAAUGCAUGCAAGAAAUAUGCUUUCUGUGGAAAAGACAACAAGUGCCACUGCAAGACAGGAUAUUAUGGAAACCCGUACCAGGAUUGUCACUUGCCCUGUCAUGAUCAGUGUCACAAGAGCAAAAACACCAAAUGUGAUAUUCCUUCCCAGACGUGUGUCUGUCUCCCCGGAUUCUUUGGUAACCCGCUUAAAGGAUGCCAGAAACCAAGCGUUUUUGUUAUUGCCCAGUCAACCUAUGCUGUCAAGGAAAGUGCUCAGGUAGUAACUAUCACCGUAAACAGGAUUGGCGCUAGUUCCGAGUCAGUUAAGGUCACAUGGACUGCUACGGAUAUUACUGCUGUCAAAGGCCAUGAUUACUUAAACACAGGAGGCAUUCUAUUUUUCGGCAGUGGCGACACAUCCAGGACCAUCUCCAUCCAUAUCAUUGACGACUCGGUGUUUGAACCGAACGAACAAUUCAGGGUUGAAUUGACUCACGUGACAGUGGGCGGCAUUAUUGGACUUCAACGCAAAGCGAUCGUCAUCAUUGAGAACGAUGAUAAACGUUGCGGAGGCAAAUGUGUGUUCAAUGCUUACUGUAACCAUGCCGACGAUAAAUGUUACUGUAACAAGGGACUUGUUGGCGAUGCAACUGUGAAAUGUGAACUUCCAUGUGGCGGACAUUGUGGAGCCUACGCACAUUCUCACUGUAACUACAAGACAAACAAAUGUGAGUGUGAUGAAAAGUACACCGGUGAUCCCUACCACGGAGGAUGUGUGUGUACUGGAGGACACGGAGAUACAGGAGGAUAUACUGGCGGAAGCCAUGGAGGAGGAUAUGUUGAACAGCCAUCUGGAUAUUAAACUUAAUGGAUCCAAUUUUUCUUGUCAAAAUAUUAGAAAUAAAAUAAGAAGUAGUAUAUUGCAUUA